AUGGCGUCGUUUUUCUCCCGGUGGUUGGUUGACCCAAAGAGGAAUCCGUUGGCAGCUAUUCACAAGAAAUCUCUUGACCGCCGUCUCCGCAAUUACGGGCUCCGAUAUGAUGAUUUGUACGACCCCAUGUAUGAUUUGGAUGUGAAGGAAGCUCUGAACCGCCUUCCCAGGGAGGUCGUUGAUGCCAGGAAUCUACGUCUGAAACGCGCCAUGGAUCUCUCCAUGAAGCACCAGUACUUGCCUGAAAAUCUCCAGGCACAGCAGACACCAUUUAGAAGCUAUCUUCAGGAAAUGCUGGCUCUCGUAAAGAGGGAGAGAGCAGAACGUGAAGCUCUUGGCGCUCUGCCUCUUUAUCAGCGUACCAUACCUUGA